UAAUUAUUCACAUUUCCUCAGACACUUAUCCAUUCCCAACCCAUAAUAGCUUAUUUCAACUAAACCGCGGCGAACCACAGCCGACCCCUUCUUCAACCAACUAACAAAACCAAAAAAAAUUCCGCUCUCUUUCCUUCUUCUUCAAUGGCUUCUUUUUCUUUCUCUAUUUUCCUUCCUCUCUUUUUCUUUCUUCUCACCAUAGUUUCUUCCUCUUCAAAUUCCAUUUUUAUUCCAAUCACAAAAGACAACACAACACAACAAUACACAACAACUCUGUCUUUUGGAACCCCUUUUGUUGCUACAAACCUUGUUGUUGAUCUUAGUGGUUCACACUUUUGGGUUGAUUGUUCUUCAACAAAAACCUCAUCAUCUUUGAGUUCAAUCCCACACCGUUCUGUUCAAUGUCUCACUGCAAAAAGUCACACACAAACAUGGGUUUCAAGCCUUGAAAAUGAAAAUCCUAUAGAUCAAGAUAGCCCAUGUGAAAUUGUUGCUAAAAACACCAUCACAGGUAAAGUAGCAACUGAGGGAAAGCUUGUUGAAGAUGUUUUAGCAGUGAAAUCAAUGAAAGAUUCAAUUUUUGAACCAGCCCAUGAAUAUUUGUUCACUUGUUCAAAUACCCUUUUGUUGAAUGGGUUAUCUAAUGAUGCUAAAGGCAUUGUUGGGUUUGGUAGAUCUAGAACCUCUUUUUCAUCACAGUUUUUCAAUUCAAUUGAUUCAGACAGAAAAAUCACUUUUUGUUUAUCUUCUUCUUCUGGGUUUGUUUCACUUGGAAGAAGAAACAAGGUUUCUGAAUCUGAAAUUUUCAGAUCUUUAACAUUCACACCACUUGUCACCAACCAAAACAUGGAAUAUUUCAUCAACGUUAAUUCCAUCAAAAUUGGUGGCAAAAAAGUUUCUUUUAACACCCUAUCUUUGUCUCAAGAAGGCAAUAGUGGAACUUUAUUGAGUUCUAUUGUGCCUUAUACAACCAUGCAAAGUUCAAUCUAUGCAAACUUCAAAAGUGCUAUUUUGAAAGCUGCUUUAUCUAUGAACAUCUCUAGGGUAGAUUCUGUGGCACCCUUUGAGAUUUGUUUUGGUUCUAAUGGAAUUGGUGCGUCAAAAAUUGGGCCUAAUGUGCCAGUAAUUGAUCUUGUUCUGCAAAGUGAGAUGGUGAAAUGGAGAAUUCAUGGAAGAAAUUCAAUGGUUAGAGUAAGUGAUGAUGUUAUGUGUUUGGGAAUUUUGGAUGGUGGUGAUGAACAAAAGAAUCUUAUUGUGAUUGGAGGGUAUCAAUUGGAAGAUGUUUUGGUUCAGUUUGAUUUUGAUAGUUCUAUGGUUGGAUUUAGUUCUUCACUUUUGAUUAGGGAUACUAGUUGUUCUAAUUUUAGAUUUGGUUCCAUGGAUGUACAAUCUAGUUGAUGAUAAUUACUAUGGUUGUAACUUAUAACAGAGGAGGCUUACCAUAUAGUUUUUUUUUUAGGUUAUGGUGAAUUGUGAGAAAUUUUUGUGAGUUUUGUAAUCACUUUUAAUUUUUGGUCAUUUGGUGUAUGUGUAUAUGGUGAUGAAUAACAUUUUUGGUUUAGUGCUUUUUGAUAUUGGAA